AUGUCGAAAAGCCCCGAGACGGUGCCCGAAGAGGGCGAAAUCGUCGACGAUGAUUUCGAAGAGAUAUCAGACAAUUCGAUAAUUCUAAACGAAACGGGUAAGUCUCUAUCGCCUAAAGACCAUUUACCAGUUAUUUCUUUAAGUAGCGUCAGCGAAGACGACAGCGUGUCGUACAAAAAAGUGAAAAGGUACAGGAAAUUCCACCAUCACCACCAUCACAGGCACCACAGGAAACUCAGGCGGAAAUCGGACGAUAAAUCGUUGGAGAGAUGCCGCAGGAGGAAGACGUGGAAGAGACUGAUGAACGGAAGCACCAGCAGCAGUUCCGGCUCGAGCGAAUCGACCAGCGAUUACUCGUUCGAUAUCGAGCUGGAUCGGAAGCUCCAGACUCAACUAAAGGCUACCGUACACGUGGAAAAGGACGAUGAUUGCUUUAAGAACAGUCUAAAGUCUCGCCUGAGAGCCAUGACUAAUCCCGAGGACGUGGAGGAAUCGAAGCAAUCCGAUAAGGAGAAGGAGGAAAUCGACGAUGAGUUGAUCCAAUUGAGAUUAGAGGCUCUAAAAACGGCUGUUUUGAACAAAUUCGAGCACCGAAAGAAGCGGAAGGUCAAAGAAAUGGAGGAGAAUCGGUUAAAAGAGGAAAUCGAUAAAGAGAAUACCAGUAAUGAUAACAUUCCGAGCAAGAAACUCUGUCCGGAUAUGAACCCGAUACCGCCCGAUGAGGACGAAGACGUACUCAGGGCUCUGCUGCUCGCUUCGAUGUCCAAGAAAAUCACUAAGGAAGUAGAAAUUGUUAAGAAACCUUCUAAUAAUACACAAACGAAGGAUGUUAAAUACACCAAAAAGGCCCCGGUACAGUUAACGAGGCACUUCCAACCGAAAAUCAAACCGAUUAUAAUCAACAUAAAUAACGAUAGCGACAGCGAAGAGGAAUCCGUUAGUAACACUAAUACGAGCAAUUUGAACAAAGAUAUCGAAAGCUCGGUGGAGAAAUUCCUCAAAGAGCAACGAGCCAAAGUAGAGGCCCAAUCGAAACCCCGGUUAACCGUUAACGAUUCCGCUAUAUUAGAAAAAUCCGCCGUGAAAUUGCUACCGAAAAACAAGCAAAUCGAGUACCAGAAGCUCCUGCUGAAGCUGAAGAACGCCCAGAAGAGGCCGCGAGUCAGGAAACCUUCGCUCAGGAAAACCACAACCGCGGCGGAGGCGCCCGAUGCCAAGGUAAUCGAGCACCAACCGGUUACAAGUAACAAACCGGAGAAACCGAAGCCGACCGUGCCAAACAUCAAACACGACGCCUGGAUAUUGCAGAACGCUCUAAAGCAGAUGCAAACGCAGAUAAACGGAAGGUUGCAGAUCGAAGAGAAAUACGUCGUACUGACGCCGGUGAUCAAGAAAAUCAACGAAUCGACCACGGAGAGGAAGAAAUUGUCGCAGGAAAUGAAGAGAUUGGUCGAUGAGCUGGCGCGGGUCAAGGCGAAGUUGCAGGACACCCAUAAGGUGUUCUCGUCGAACGUGGGGGAAUUGUUGAAGAGGAAAGCCGAGAUCGAUGAGAGUUCGAAGGAGAAGGAUAAACUUCCUGUUACUUCUACGCCAAUAAAAAGUGUGCUUCCAGCGGAACCGUUCCAAAUUGGCACGGUUCCGAGCACUCCGAUACCGAAAGAUGCUCCGGAUAUCCUCCGGAAAGACGAUGAUAGUACGGGGAACGUUAAAAAGGAGGAAAACGUGCUGAGAUACGUGUCACCAUUGGAUUCCGUUAAGAGGAUAGAUAAGCACAAUCCUUUCGAGAUAAUGUGUCCUUAUGAUACAGACGGUAAUUGCCGGGAUACUGAAUGUUGUUACAAACACUUUGCCAGAUAA